AGGGUUGUGGGAGCUAUUAUAGAAGUGCUUGGCUAAGUAAGGGGCUUGUGUGGGUUAAUUAGAGAACAUCUUUGGACUUUAGCUGCAAAAAAUGUCAGACCAACAAUGACUUCUAAAAGUCAAGAAAGCAUUCCAGCUCCUGAGACUAAAGAAGAAGUACAGCAGGAUGUCCUCAAGAGAGCUACCAGUCUGCCUCUGGUAAGCUCCACCUAUGAUCUGGCUGCCUCCGCUUAUGCCUCAACCAAAGAGAACCACCCCUAUGUGAAAGCUGUUCUGGAUUUGGCCGAGAAAGGUGUGAAGCAUGUCUCUGAUAUUGCUGUGAGCGGUGCCCAGCCUCUUCUCAAUAAGCUUGAACCACAGGUUGCAGCAGCAAGCCACUAUGCCUCAAAGGGCUUGGACAAGCUAGAGGAGAAGCUUCCCAUCCUUCAUCAGACAGCUGACCAGGUUAGUUCUGAUACGCAAGACUGGUGUCGUCGAAAGUAG